CUUUUUUUAUCAAGACUCUUGGGUAUCAGCUGACCAGACAGCUCCUGAUCACAGAGCCCGGCCCGGCCCGGUCUGGGCCCAGACCCGGUCCAGUCUCAGUCCAGUCUCUGCUGCAGGAUGGCAGGUCUAUCGUUCUGUUUGGCUGUGAUGGCCGCCGCUCUGCUGCUCACCCUCAGAGCUGACGCUGCAGGUCAGAACCCGGACCACGUCCUGCAGGGGACCGGGGUGAAACCCGAGGCUCGACGGCCCGGCGAGGACUCGACCAUUGCUCCCGAGGACGCCGCCCGUUUCCUCAGCUGCUACUGCUCCGGACACUGUCCCGAGGACGCCACCAACAACACCUGCCAGACCAACGGUCAGUGUUUCGCCAUCAUCGAGGAAGAUGAGCAAGGUGAAGCCAUCCUCACCUCCGGCUGCAUGAAGUAUGAAGGAUCACACUUCCAGUGCAAGGACUCUCCCAACGCUCAGACCAGGAGGACGAUCGAGUGCUGUAACACCGACUUCUGCAACAGAGACCUGCAGCCCACUCCCCCUCAGCCUCCCCCAGAUGGCAGCCCUCACUGGCUGGCCUUCCUCAUCUCCAUGACGGUCUGCUGCUGCACUUUGAUUUGUGUCACCGUGGUCUGUUACUACAGGUAUAAGUGGCAGACUGAGCGUCAGCGGUAUCACAAGGAUCUGGAGCAGGAGGUCUUCAUCCCUGUUGGAGAGUCGCUAAAAGACCUCAUCCACCAAUCACAGAGCUCUGGUAGCGGCUCCGGGCUCCCCCUGCUGGUGCAACGGACCAUCGCCAAGCAGAUCCAGAUGGUGCGUCAGAUCGGUAAGGGGAGGUACGGCGAGGUGUGGCUCGGCCGCUGGAGGGGAGAGAAGGUGGCCGUCAAAGUCUUCUUCACCCGAGAGGAAGCCAGCUGGUUCAGAGAGACGGAGAUCUACCAGACGGUCCUGAUGAGACACGAAAACAUCCUGGGCUUCAUCGCGGCCGACAUCAAAGGCACCGGCGCCUUCACGCAGCUCUUCCUCAUCACCGACUACCACGAGAACGGCUCUCUGUACGACUUCCUGAAGCUGACCACGCUGGACACGCAGACUCUGCUGCGACUGGCGUACUCCGCCGCCUGCGGCCUCUGCCACCUGCACACCGAGAUCUACGGCACGCAGGGAAAGCCGGCCAUCGCCCACCGAGACCUGAAGAGCAAGAACAUCCUGAUCAAGAAGAACGGCGCCUGCUGCAUCGCCGACCUCGGCCUCGCCGUCAAGUUCAACAGCGACACUAACGAGGUGGACGUCCCCCUGAGCACCCGGGUCGGGACGAGGCGCUACAUGGCCCCUGAGGUCCUGGACGAGAGCCUCAAUAAGAACCACUUCCAGGCUUACAUCAUGGCCGACAUGUACAGCUACGGCCUCCUCAUCUGGGAGAUGGCCAGACGCUGCGUCACCGGAGGUAUUGUGGAGGACUACCAGAUGCCGUACUAUGAGAUGGUGCCCUCCGACCCGUCUUAUGAAGACAUGCUGGAGGUGGUUUGUGUUAAAGGACUGAGGCCGACGGUGUCCAACCGCUGGAACAGUGAUGAGUGCCUUCGGGCCAUGUUGAAGCUGAUGUCAGAGUGCUGGGCUCAUAACCCCGCCUCCCGUCUAACCAUCCUCAGAGUGAAGAAGACGCUCGCCAAGAUGGUGGAAUCCCAGGACAUCAAGAUCUGACCUCCCUCAUCCUCCUCCUCCUUUUCGUCCCACUUGAAACCCUGAACACACUCAGCCUGACCUGGACCGGCUCAGGUUCAGUGCAUCCCCUCCUCAUCUGGAGGAGGAAGAGGAGGAGAAGUUGGGAGAUAAUAAUGGACCCAUUUCAGGGCUGAACUUUGCGUCUCCUCCUUCCUCCAUCUUCAGUCCGUCUGGAAACAAAAAUGGAGUCCUUCCUCUUCCUCCUCUCUCUGCCAGGUUUGACGCUUUCUGUGAAAGCCAAACGAGACGAUAAAGAUAAUUUUGAUGGAGGAAAACAGGCCGAGGGCUUUGAUGCUCGUUGUGAAUGAACACAGAUUUUUUUU